CGUCCCGGCCGGGCCCCCUUCCGGCCCCACGGCCGCGCGCACUGGCGCCUCUGGGCCACUCGUUCCGCUCGAUCCUGGAGGGAGGCGGCCCUUGGUCCAUGGGAGAUGUCAGAUUGAAGUGAGUGAAUUCAGAUAUAACUCACGCUUGUUAGAGGGCUUUUUAAAAAUAAAAAAUUGAUUCUGUGCAUGAGAGCAAGUUACUGCUGCUUACCGUUCAGAGACUUACAGGUGCUUGCCUGCACUGCAAUAAAGGACUCAAAUAUUGAGCAAGACUUAUAUUUAUCUCUUCAUUUUGGAGAGCCUAAUAAACUGUUAUUACAGUUUCUUUACUGACUUUCAAAAGCUUUGAAGUUUGAAAGAGACACCUUUGCAAUUAACACAGCAUGAGCACGGCCAGAACAGAGAACCCUGUUAUAAUGGGUCUGUCCAGUCAAAAUGGUCAGCUGAGGGGCCCUGUGAAGCCCAGUGGUGGCCCCGGAGGAGGGGGCACACAGACACAGCAACAGAUGAACCAGUUGAAAAACACCAACACAAUCAAUAAUGGCACUCAGCAGCAAGCACAGAGUAUGACCACCACUAUAAAGCCUGGUGAUGACUGGAAAAAGACUUUAAAACUCCCUCCAAAGGAUCUAAGAAUCAAAACUUCGGAUGUGACUUCCACAAAAGGAAAUGAGUUUGAAGAUUACUGUUUGAAACGGGAGUUACUGAUGGGAAUUUUUGAAAUGGGCUGGGAAAAGCCAUCUCCUAUUCAGGAGGAGAGCAUUCCCAUUGCUUUAUCUGGUAGGGAUAUCUUAGCUAGAGCAAAAAAUGGAACAGGCAAGAGUGGUGCCUACCUCAUUCCCUUACUUGAACGGCUAGACCUGAAGAAGGACAAUAUACAAGCAAUGGUGAUUGUUCCCACUAGAGAACUUGCUCUACAGGUCAGUCAAAUCUGCAUCCAGGUCAGCAAACACAUGGGAGGGGCCAAAGUGAUGGCAACCACAGGAGGAACCAAUUUACGAGAUGACAUAAUGAGGCUUGAUGAUACAGUGCAUGUGGUAAUCGCUACCCCUGGCAGAAUCCUGGAUCUUAUCAAGAAAGGAGUAGCAAAGGUUGAUCAUGUCCAGAUGAUAGUAUUGGAUGAGGCAGAUAAGUUGCUGUCACAGGAUUUCGUGCAGAUAAUGGAGGAUAUUAUUCUCACAUUACCUAAAAACAGGCAGAUUUUACUAUAUUCUGCUACUUUCCCUCUUAGUGUACAAAAGUUCAUGAAUUCCCAUUUGCAGAAACCCUAUGAGAUUAACCUGAUGGAGGAACUAACUUUGAAGGGAGUAACCCAGUACUACGCAUAUGUAACUGAGCGCCAGAAAGUACACUGCCUCAACACACUUUUCUCCAGGCUUCAGAUAAACCAGUCAAUCAUUUUCUGUAACUCCUCUCAGAGAGUUGAAUUGCUAGCCAAGAAGAUUUCUCAACUGGGUUAUUCUUGCUUCUAUAUUCAUGCUAAAAUGAGGCAGGAACAUCGAAAUCGUGUAUUUCAUGAUUUCCGAAAUGGCUUAUGCCGCAAUCUUGUUUGCACUGAUCUGUUUACCCGAGGUAUUGAUAUACAAGCUGUGAAUGUGGUAAUAAACUUUGACUUCCCAAAGCUGGCAGAGACCUAUCUUCAUCGUAUUGGAAGAUCAGGUCGCUUUGGUCAUCUUGGCUUAGCCAUCAACUUGAUCACAUAUGAUGAUCGCUUCAACCUGAAAAGUAUUGAGGAGCAGCUGGGAACAGAAAUCAAACCUAUCCCAAGCAACAUUGACAAGAGCCUAUAUGUGGCAGAAUACCACAGCGAGCCUGUAGAAGAUGAAAAACCAUAACAAGCAUGCUUUGACAAACUACAGAAGGCUCCUUUGGAUCUGUGACACAUCUUUUUUGGGGGGUGGUCUUCUCUUUGUGGGUUUUUCAUCUUUUAUUUUGGAACUAUGAAGACUUAAAAGAGCUCAGACAUUUUUCUUUUUUAACUGGUGAAGAGAAAACUGAAAAGAAGGAAAAUACCUUUUUUGUUCUACUUGUUUGCACUGUGUGCUGACUGAACAUUAGUUGCACUAACUGCUGGUUUUUUAAAAAUGUUUUCUGGGGAAAGGGACAAGGAAGGAGGAAAAGAAGAGAAGGGGAGAAACCCUAAAAAGAGAAGAAUCUUGAUGAACACACAAGCUUGUCUACAAUUUUGAAAUUCUCCAACAGCUGACUCUUGAGUGCAUUUCAACUUCUCCGUGAUUACUCAUCCGUUUUUUAAGCCUGAAGAGCUUAUUACUUAUUUGUGCGAAGUGCCUUAUGCUAUGAGACCAUUCAGAAUAUCAUCUUUUAGACACAGCCCAAGGAAUUAACAGAGUAAUUUCUUCAUUUUUUUCCCCUUUUCUUUUUAAAAAAUUUUUGUCUGUUCAUUUUGGUUUCACAUUGAAGUCUCUCUUCCCUUUCUACCCAGUACUCAAGCCCAGGGCUGGAAGAUGAAACUUACUAGUAAUGUUAAGUACCAUUUUUAUUUUCUUUAUGUGGAGGAGUUGAUAUGCAACUGCAGUUCAUCCGCACUGUAAAUACAUGUAUUUAAGAAAACAAUCCCAAGUAAAAAUUUCUUCUGGGCUGAGUAGAUAUAACAUCAUCGCUCCCAAAGGAAAGAGCAGUCUGUCAUUGCAGGAGCCAUAUGACAAGCCUUUGUGCUCUAUAGCAGAACACUAAAGACUGGUUUACAUACGCCUCCAUUAGCAGUAUGGCACUUGAUGUGUAGACAUGUCAGAGCCUCGACCCUCUUUCCUCUGUGGCAAAGCGCGUCCCAUAGAAAAUUGGGUGUGUAUACUUGUAUAAACUUUGUAAAUAAGUUUUUUUCUGGGUUCACAUAUAUAUAUAUAUAUAUAUAUAUAUAUAUAUAUAUUAUUUUUUUUUGGAUGAAGGUUGCUGGGAUUAAGGGGAUUAGAGUGAUUAUGGGAGCAGCAAAAGAUGAGAGGGGCUCAGUUUUCCGCAACACUACAUUCUCAAAAAGUCCUUUGGCCUCUUACUGUAGAGAGCAGACCUCAAUGGGGACCCUGUGUAAGAAAAGGGACCCAGAAGUCUGGGAUGCACUGUUUGCUGCCAUGCUGUCUCAUUAUAUGGAACAGUCUUAACCAGAGAGCAAGAAAGCUUUAAAAAUCUAUAAUCAAGAUGAAUUUUUAAGAAGCUCUCUGAUUUUGCAUUUCCCUUUCUAAAAGAGCAACUUUCAAACUGCAGAAGGGAGCAAAGAUUAAUCUACUUUGCAGUAUGAGAAUUCAGUUGAGUGGCAGCAUCUUUGAGUAGAAUAUGUAUAAAGCAUGAAUUUGCAUUUCAGAAUACUUAGCCAGUACCAGCUUUGGCAGUGUUAGCAGUUCUGGAACUUAAUUUUCUGUGGGUCAUCUCCUGUAGUGUUACAAGUGUGUUGCCCUCUGCCCAUGUAAACUUGCAGGCAUGGGCAACCCAAGAGCUGUUAACUUUCAUGCUACAGAAAGCUGCUUGCCAUCCUCUUGCGUUGUUGACAAGAAUCUUUACCUGUCAUUUCGCAUUGUAAAUUGCUGGCAAAUGCUUAACAGUCAAUAGUGUUGCUUUAAAUUGUGCCCCUCCCAACAUGCUUGAUGUUUGGCCUGAUCUCCAGGCAAAAGGCGUGAGAUGAAUCAAAACCAGUGAACUUUUUUUUUUUAAUGUUUUUAAUUCCCUUUUAACCCACUGUACUAGGUCAAUCAGGAGUCAUCUAGGAAAAAAAAAGCAAAACAUAAAAUUAAAAAAAAAUUGAUUUCCAUAUUCUGUCCUUUCUCAAAACCCUAAAAUAUUACAAGAUAAACCCUGCAUAUGCUUUCAUGCUUAACUCAUCUGGAUAAAGAAAUCAAUUAUUUGAAGUUGCUUUUUUGACUCUGCCUAGUUCUAAGUAAAACUAUUUGCAAGUUACCCAAAAUUCCUUGAGGAUCAAAAUCCUACAGAUGUCUCCUGAUCAGACAUGACAUAGCCCUGACUCUUUAACUGUAGAAAGAGCUGCAUAGUACAAACCCUAAAAAGAGCAAGGUUAUUUCUUUGGAAUCCAACUCAACUUACCCAGUGUUGGUUACUAAACACAAAUCCUAAUUAAGGACAUUAAAUUUUAUCUUUUUUCCAGGGAGGGGUAAGGGUGGGGACUUAAAAGGUGUCAUCUUUUAACCAACAAAUCUUGCCCUUGUACUGAUGCAGCUUUCUCCCCCACUUCUAGCGAGAGAAGAGGGAUCAUUCUUGUAAAAGCAAGGAGUAUAAAUGUAAUUGUAUAUCUCGCUAGAAAAUGGGCGACUAAACAAAAAGUGCAGUCUCCUUGUCAACCUUAGACUGCUCUGCCUGGUGCCACAUGCCUGUUGGGUCCCUCUUAAAGCACAGACUUAAAAUUGAAAGUAUUACUGAAGUACAGCCUCUGAUGAGGAGUGGCACUUAAAACUAUCUGGGAUGCCAGGAUUGGACACUAUCCUUUAAUGAGGCAGCUGUCCAGUUUUGGUGCUUGACUCAAAUAGGAAUUGUUAAAGGAAAGAUGCUCUAAUGACUAGGUCAAGCCUAGUCUUUUUUUUUUUUUUUUUUAUCCCUCAAAAUAAGAAUUGUUACUUUUGGAAAUUGUCUUUAGAUUCUAAUAUUGGAUUUGUUUCUAAGUAAUGGUUAUAUAUAUUUUUUCCAGUGGUUCAUUUAGAUAAGAAAUAGUCCCUAUAGUAAAACUAUAUCCAACUCAUGUUCUGAAGGUGAAAGAAGCUAUUGCCUUUACUUGAGAGUGGAAUAAGUUUAUCCUAAAAGAUUGUUCUCAGGAAGAAGUAAGAAAGAGGAAAACCUAAAUAUAUUUCGGAAUUAUUUUCAAGUUGGUCCCAGCAUUGAUGAACAUAGGGUUGGCCCAAAAAUGUUGGGGUGGGGUGGGUGGUUAUCAGUAUUGAUUUUCAGAAUGAGAUGGGAGCAUCUUUCCCUAGUCACUUGCUUUGUGUUUGAUACCAUCAUACUGGGUUAGAACAAGAUGACUCAGCACAAAGCCUUGAGUGUAGAUUGUUGGAAUCAAAACAUCUCAUUCUGAUCACUUGAUUUAAUUUUUUUUUUUUUAAAUAACGGGUGGGAGGGAGGGUACCAUGUCCCCAAAAGGGAGGGUGUCUGCACUAAGGAUUUAGAAACACUUUGGAAGCUCAUAAUAACCUCAUCAGAAACUGCCUUUAGCCACACUCCUGACCUACUAGAUGAGUAACAAAAAGAUAAGUUCUUGGGAAUUAAGCCAUGUUAUUUUAAUUUGCUGUGUUUUUUUCAAUUGUCAUAUGUAUCUUUAAAAUUGUUACUGUGGAAUCAUUUUCUUGCCAAAUAGCUUUGUCAGGCAAAAUUAUUGACCUCAUAGGAACUAAAAUAAGUCAGCUUUUUGGUGAACUUAGGUGGACUUUCGAGACCUUGUACUUUAUAUUCAUAAAGGGUUUUUUGUUUUGUUUUGUUUUUUUUCUUUACUCCAAAGGAAAAUCUAAACUCUUCUCUCAUCCUAAAACUCAUCUUUAGGGUAAAGAGUUAAGUGUCCAAAGGUUGUCAGAGUUCAUGAGGUCAGAGGGAGCUAGCCUGGCACCUGGACUCUGCCCCUCCAUAACUGACAGAUUCUAACAGAAGUGUAUUUAAAUUCUCCAGUAGCUGAUGCUGGGCAGGGCAAGGGAGGGGUAGGGCUGGGUUGUUAAGAUACAGGCUCCUGUAUUUUAACCAGUGGUUGUUGGGGAGGGGUGCCUGGAGAAAACAAAGUUACUUCCCUUUUUUUUGAAACAAAACAAACUUUAAAAAAUGUAAUUUUUGUUCAUUAAAAACGGGAGAAAAUUCCAGUGUCCCUAGCCACAAGGGACCAGUUCCACUGAGAAGUGAACAGUGGGAACUCAAAAUUUUGAAAACAUUUAGGAAAAGAGAAAAUUGGCUUUCUGUUAAUUGGCAAGUGUUCCAGUGGGGCUCUGUUUUUGUAGGGAUGUGUUAUGUUGUAUGUACGUGUAUGUGGACCAGAGUCUGCUGAGUUUUAUAAGGUUCAGAAAAAUGGUUGGAAAAAUCUUGAUUUUUGUUAAUUUAUCUCAAUAAAAGCCCACUGGAACUCCAAA